GUUUUCCCUAAGCCAGUCCUGGUCACCAGUGUGGAGCAAAUGAAGGAACUCCAGGACAUUUGCAGGAAAAAGUCAAAAUCCACCCACCCAGCUGUGUCAUCUGAAGAUAACCAGGCCUCGUUGCCAAAGGCAAGAAUAGAAGAUUUGUUCUCUAAAAUGAUACUGAGUGCAUGCCAUGAAGCCAGAAGUUAUGAAUGCAAUGAAAAUUGGAAAAUGUUCAACGACAAGUCAAAUCAUAACAAAUACCAGAAUACUCGUCUUCCAGAGACCCACUAUAAAGGCGGAAAAGUUUCAGACCAAAUGUCCAAUCCCAGUACACAUCAGAUUAUUCCUAUUGUGGAGAAGACAGACAGACAAAGUAAAUGUGUGAAAUUACUUCCGGAAUCUUCUAAGAGUGCUGCACAAAAGAACAUUCCUAUCAGUGGGGAAGGUUACCAGUGUUUACGACCCGGGGAAGUCCUCAGUAAAAUAUUGAAUAGAAAUGGAGUUAAGAAAAUGGGUACGGAAGGAAACCGUAAGAGGAAAGAGUGUGAUAAAAUACAUAGUUGGCCUUCAGGUCUGACUCUACAUCAGAAAGUAUAUGUUGGAGAGAAACCUUAUAUAUGUAGAGACUGUAGCAAAUCCUUUAGGUGGUUCUCAAGCCUUAGCAUUCACCAGAGAAUUCAUACAGGAGAGAAGCCUUAUAAAUGUAGAGAAUGUGGCAAAGCGUUUAGGAAUUCGUCAGCCCAUACUCAGCAUGAGAGAAUUCACACUGGAGAGAAGCCAUAUAAAUGUAGAGAAUGUGGAAAAGCGUUUAUGAAGUUGUCAACUCAUACUCAGCAUCAGAGAAUUCACACUGGAGAAAAGCCGUAUAUGUGUAGAGAAUGUGGCAAAGCAUUUAGGCAUUUGUCAACUUAUACUCGGCAUCAGAGAAUUCACACUGGAGAAAAGCCUUAUAAAUGUAGAGAAUGUGGUAAAGCUUUUAGCCAGUCCUCACACUAUACGCAGCAUCAGACAAUUCAUACUGGGGAGACCCCGUACAAAUGUAGGGAAUGUGGGAAAGCAUUUCGCCAGAACUCAGCACUUGGACGACAUCAGAAAAUUCAUAGUGAAGAGAAGCCUUUUAAAUGUAGAGAAUGUGGUAAAGCCUUCCGUCGGUCCUCAGUGCUUAGUCAACACGAGACAAUUCAUAGUGUAGAGAAGCCUUAUAAAUGUAGAGAAUGUGGUAAAGGCUUUUGUCGGUCCUCCGUGCUUACUGAACAUAAGAAAAUUCAUAGCGGAGAGAAGCCUUAUAAAUGCAGAGAAUGUGGUAAAGCCUUUUUCCUGUCUUCAUCCCUUACUCGACAUAAGAAAAUGCAUACUGGAGAGAUGCCUUAUCAAUGUAGAGAAUGUGGCAACACCUUUUGCCAGUCCUCAUCCUUUAGAAAACAUCAGAAAAUUCAUGCUGGAGAGAAGCCUUACAAAUGUCGAGAAUGUGGAAAAGUCUUUUGCUGGCCCUCAUCCCUUAGAAAACAUCUGAAAACUCAUGCUGGAGAGAUGCCUCACAAAUGUCGAGAAUGUGGUAAAGCGUUGCACCAGUCCUCAGUGCUUCCACAACAUCAGACAGUUCUUAAUGGAGAGAAGACAUACAAAUGUACAGAAUGUGGUAAAGCCUUUUGCCAGUCCUGAACCCUUACUCAACAUCAGAAAGUGCAUACUGGAGAAAAGUCUUAUAAAUGUAGAGAAUGUAAAGCCUAUUGCUGGUCCUCAUCGCUUACUCAGCAUAGGGAAAUUCGUACUGGACAGAAGCCUCGUUAGUGUAGAGGAUGUUGCAGAGCCUUUCGGUAUUCCUCGGUCCUUACUCAAAAUGAGACAAUGCAUAAUGGUGAAAAGCCAUGUAAAUGUAGGGAAUAUGGCAAAGCCUUUAGGUGGUCGUCAGCCCUCACUUAUAAUCAGACUAAUUUCACUUGAGAGAAGUCGUGUAAAUAUGGACCAUGUGGCAAAGCCUUUAUU